AUGUCGUCUGAUUCACGUAUCGUCAUUAUGGACGAAAACAAGAAAAACGAGAAUAUCGUUGCGACAUAUCAUCGUCGAGAUGUACAAUUUGAUUCAGCUCCUUCUUACACAUCGUCAUUAGUUGUACAUCUUCGACAGCUUCAACAGGAUUUUCAGACACAACAUCAGCAUGAGAAACAUGCACUGAAUGAAUUGAAUGAACGGCUUCGUCAUUUUAUUGAUCGUGUACAACACUUGGAAGCGCAAAAUGCAAAAUAUAUUACACAAAUUGUUAAUUUUCGACGAGCCAGAUCUGAUUCCAGUGGUGCAGAUAUUGAAUGGAACGAACGUUAUCUACAUCUACAGUCUGAUCUCAUCGCGGCAAGCCAUGGGAGUAUUGAUUGCGGACUCGAAAUCGAAAUGUAUCAAUUACAAACUGCAAUUUAUCAGCAAUUGAUCGGUCUUGAACAAGAAUGGAAAGAUGAUCGACGUUCAAAAUUAGAACAAGAACUUAAUCAAUCGUCGUUAACUUUAAAUAGUGUACGUGCAUCGAAUUCAGAAUUAGGACGAGAAGUGGAAAGUCUCUAUGCCGCACGUAAUGAUACCUAUCAAAAAUAUUUGAGACUGACACAAGACUGGUCUCAUAUGAAGAGACAAAGCAAAGAAUGGGCAUUGAAUAUGCAAUUGUUGAAGAAUCAGAUUGCAUUUUAUAAGAAUUUACGUUCACAUUCGACAAGAGGAUACACAUCAGUAUCAGCGGGCACGUUUGAUGUCAAGCAAUUCUGGGCGUUGGAAUUAGAUAAAGUGAUCAAAAAAAUUCGCCGUGAUUUUGAAGAAUUAUAUAGUAUGUUUUAUCGUGACAUGAUGGUGUUUUACAAUACACAGUUGGAAGAAGUAAACAAAGAAGUUGAACAAGCAUUGCGCUAUCAGUCAACUGAAGUCGAGACAUUCUCAGCAAGUCAACAGACACUACAGAUCGAAUACGAAAAAGUACAGAAAACUUAUUCUUAUGAAAGAGAAGUUAUCAUGCAAUUGGAAGCCACACACUCUAAAUUUGAAUUGGAAUUUCGAUCAAUUCAACAACAAAAUGACGAGCAAUUAAACUUGCAAGCCAAAGAUGUAGAAAGCUUACAGGAGAAUCUCAUGGUAAUAGCCUAUAAUAUUGAAGAAAUGCGACGAAGAAAAUUCAAUCUGGAAGGUGAAAUCAUCGUCUAUCGCAACUUGUUGGAGAGCUAUGGUCUGCACGAGUACACAGUGCGUGAACCUUCUCCUGCACUAGUGGCAAGUACCUUGACAAGAAAAUUCAUUGUGAAAAGCCAAAAGAAGGGAUCCAUUGGCAUUCGAGAAUGUCCACCUGAUGGAGCAUAUAUUAGCUUGCUGAAUCAUUCGUCGGAAAAAACCGUAGAUAUUUCAAGAUGGGUGCUCAAACGACGUGUCGAUGGAAGAACAGAACUUCGAUAUUCACUGCCUGAUGGAAUUCGACUUCAGCCAGCUAGUGAAUUGAGAAUUUAUUCACAACAAGGUGCUGCUGUGGCUAAAUCAUUGAAAAGUUUUCGCACUGGUACUUCGGGACGCCAAGAACUAGUAAAUAAUGAAGUUGUUUCGUGGGGAGUUGGAAACUCGACCGAAACAUUUCUGCUCAAUCAACAUGGCGAAGAGAAAGCAAUAUUUUUACAGUCGAUUGCAGCUACACCCGAUAAUUCCUAA